AUUCGGAACGCGGAUUCACUUCUGAAACGCCAUGUCCUCAGUUCCAGACUUCAGUCUCCAGCCGCCAGACACGCGGUGGUUUACAGAGCGAGUGCUCUACGCACGCGCGAUUGCCGCUUACGUCUGGUUUGCCUGCCUCAUGGCGCCGCUGUGCCUCGCUGUGAACGCCGUGCUGUGGCAGUAUGGCCCCUUGUACCCAUGGGCAACCAUCUAUGAUGCGAUCGCGGGCGUCAUCUCGCUCGAGUCGCGCUUCUUGAGCCAGCUGGUUGGCCUCCUCUGCUUCCAGUUGCCCUUCUUUGCGACCGUCGGUGGGUUUAUCGCAAGCAUCGUCCGCACGGUGGCGAGCCUGUUCCCAAUCGAAUACGUUGCUGGCGGCAUUGCGGCGAUCGUGCUCAACGCAGCUCUGGCGACCGUCCAGCUGUCGCUGUUCUCUGUGGCACCGACGGUUCGGUCGACAACGCUGCGAAAUACGGCCCUCUUGCUCCACCCUGCGCGGUUGGCGUUUGCCCUACUGCAUGGUGUUGUUGCCAUUGUGACUGCGUGGAUGUUUUAUGCAUCGUUGGAUGUGCCUCUUGUUGACGAUCGCCUGGUCGAGGCCAUCACUGUGCACGGCGUGGUUGAGACGUCCAACCCGGAGCCGCAGUCGAUCGAGGAUUUGGAUGCCGUGCACGAGUACUAUCACACCCUCGACGCCAACAGCCUUCUGCUGUUCUUUGCAGCGUUCUUGCUCGGCCUGGUGCACACCUUUUUGUUUUUCUCCAGGCAGCAGCAGCAGGUCACAUUCCCGCUGCUGUCCCAGCGACGAAUUUUUGCCAUCAAGGCGAGCCUGGGCACCAGCUUUUUCGAGGCACUUGGUGUGACCUUUUUCGUGCUGUUGGGUGUGUAUCUGCUGUUUGGAUUGUUUGGUCGCACGAUUCUGAGCCUGCUCUUCAGCACUCGCUUCGUCCCCCGGUACCUGUCCAUGUACAGCGCCGCCUACGUGCCUCUGGGCCACGACGGCUCCGUCGGAGUUGUCCUGGACCACAUGACCCUUUCCAGCCCUCUCCUCUUCCUGCGAACAUGGCUGCUCGUUCUUACGCCGAUCGUCACCCUGUGGAAUCUUCGGCAAGCACUCUUCAACAUUUUCCUCAGCCAGCCGCUGCCCUUCCCGCUUGUCGCGCAGGAUGCCAGCGAGCGAUCUCAGACCAUUUUGGCGGGUUUGGCCGCUGCACGCAACCCUGCGCCGACACCCGGUGGCCGUCCUACCAACGAGACGGGCGAUGGUAUUGGCCGCGCGACGGCGGACAAUUCUCGCGCUCUCUUGCGUCUUUUGGCGUUCCAAGAUCUUGUUCGGCAAUUGUCUCAGUCGGACGAGGCUCGUGAGGUUGUGUACCGCGCGGGGCAGCCUUCCGCAUCGCUUGGCAGCACGUCGUCUGGCCCGACGCUCAUCAAGCGUCUGGUGGCCGAAUGCACGCUUGUUCUUGCCACGCUGUCGUCAAAGUUGGCCGCUACCUUGCCCAUGUCGAGCAACGGCGCCAACGACGACUUUGACGAGUUUGCGGCCAAGGUGGCCGCGCUUGACGAGGUUCCUGAAACGGCCGCCGCAGCCGCCCCAGCGCAACCCAGUCUCCUGCUUUCGACAGAGGAGCCAUUUGGACUCUGGGCGCUAAUCAACUCCAUCAUAACGCCUCGUCGUUGGCUGCGAGAACUGUGGCAGGGGAUGUCGUCGCAACCAGCGCCACGCUUCUUGCUUGCGCCCGUGCCCCCACCACGGCAAGUCACAUCGCCCUUCCAACUAACAAGGCCGCCGCCAGCCGCACAACCGCAGCAGCCAUCCGAGUCAUUCUUCUCCAAGCUACGGCCGUCGUUCCUGGUCGGGCUAGCGUGGGCUCGGUGGUACAAGUUUGUCAAUCUGCUCGCAUCGUCGUCAUGGACGGCGUUUGCACGGCAAGAGCCUCAGCAACUCAAGGUGGCCGUUCUCUUCUCAGAGCUCCAACUCACCCUGUUUGCAGCCGAGGCGCUUUCAUUCAUUGCGUGCCAUGCCCUGGACGAAGAUAGCGUUGGAGGGUCGCGCGAGCAAAUUGUGCCAAUCGUCGUGUCUCUUCUUGAUUUGCUGAACAGCGUUGAGACCCAGGGCCGCGCCGCGCUCGUUCGAUUGCAAGGUUCUGGUGCGUCACGGCAGCACCCACUGGCAAUGAGCAAUUGUUUGAAAACAUGUCUGUACCGCAUCACACUUGCGUUUGGAGAUUCUAUUUUGCAGUAUGAUCUCCCGCGCACACACUCUCAGCGGCUGCAGCCGUUUUUGGAGUUCCGCGAGUAACAGAAGGACCUGGGCACUCUACGCCAUUGGGGGUGACGAGAUUUAGUUGUCAAAUGGUUGUAAUGGCUGUGAUGAAUGUGAUGAAUGUGUGGAUGUACUUAUCAAAGAAACAAAGAAAAAGAAACCGGA